AUGUCUACUACUACGACAGCGGUGGAGCUCUGUGAGCCCAUAGAACGGACUUCUCGGGACGAAAUCCUAAAAGCCUCCCGACUAGCCGAUUCUACUGUGCCGGAUGGCGGAUACGGCUGGGUCAUUGUUGGUAGUGGUGCCGUCAUGCUCUGGUGGGCUCUCGGGACGACAUAUGCAUGGGGAGUCAUGCAGAGGGCCCUCAUCGAGGAUGGCUUGUCAACGCCCGCAAUACUCUCGUUCAUCGGGUCGCUGGAUGCAGCUCUGAUGUCGGCCCUCGCGAUUAUAAACUCGAGGCUGAUGCGGGCGAUCGGGAUGCGAAAUACGGCAGUGCUUGGAGUAGCCGUGAUGGGCGGGAGUGAGAUCCUAAGCUCAUUCGCUGUCAAGAACCUGGGUGCUCUAUUCUUUACCUCGGGAGUGUUGAUGGGCACUGGUGUCAGUGAUUGCGCAAUGGUUCAGCACCAAACGUGGAUUUGGCGGUGCCACGCUGAGUUUCGCUGUCGAUGCUCUCAUCCAGAAGCUCAAAAUUUCGUGGGCGUAUCGGAUUCUCGGUCUCCUUACUCUUUAGCUACCGGCCUCCCGGCGGCCUGGGCUAUCAGAGAGCGAGCCCCGACUCACACUCCAAGGUUCAUCGAAUGGCAAUUGUUCAAAUCAUUCACCUUCGAUCUGGUCUUCUUAGCCAGUGCGGUGGGAACGUUUCCGUUGUUUGUGCCACCCUUCUUUCUUCCGUUGUACACAAAGUCACUCGGGUUUUCGUCAACCACGGGAGCAGGGUUGGUGGCGGGUUUUAAUCUUGCGUCGGCCUUUGGGCGGAUAGCCUGCGGACUGGCUUGCGAUAAGCUGGGAUCCCUUAAUACGCUGUUCCUUUCGCUCAUCUUGGCGGCGAUUACCAUGCUGGCGAUAUGGCCAGCAUCAACGACUCUGGCGCCCAUGAUUGCCUUCGUCUUGAUCAACGGGGUGUCGAACGGCGGAUUCUUUUCCACAAUGCCGACCGUGGUGGGUAACGUUUUUGGCAGCGCACGGGUCGCAAUGGCGAUGAGCAUGAUCCUCACGGGUUGGGCUGGCGGAUAUUUGAUGGGUGCGCCCAUCGCAGGUUACCUCCUCGAGGCGUAUGGAGGUGCCGACGCUGGGCUGCAAGCAUACCGACCAGCCAUGUUUUACGCGGGAUCUCUGGCUCUUGGGUCCGCGGGGAUGGUUGCAACGGUUCGAUUGCGCAAGAACCGGUCGCCUUGGGCCAGACUCUGA